UCCACACCUUGUCUCACUUGGGGCCUGACUUCUUUUCUUUCCAGCUUUGGCAUUUGGCAGUGGGGCUGUGCUGAAGGAGGAAGGGCCCUCAGAGUCUGUUUCGGAGCCUUCGACCAGCAGCGCAGCCUUUUGCAGACAUCGGAGGCGGGACACACAUGCAAACAUCCUGGGGGAAGAGACUCGGUGGACAAGGGAGUCGGCCUGCCCCAAGCCAGACCAGGAGGCUGUCGCAAAUGUACACAUUUCCAGGAGCUGGGAGACACCAAGGGAGUCACACAGCGAUGCACUCGGCAGACAUGAGGUGCGAGAGCGUGGUGGGCAGGACCUGCUUGUCUCGCCAGCCUCCCGGGGAUGCGACACCCUCGCUGGACCCCACAGGUCCGCUGGGAGCAGAAGCUAGCUCCUACGUGGAUGAGCAGUGCCUGGCUCGCAGCAAGGGGUCCCUGCGUGGUCCUGUUAGAGUGGACACCAGCGUUCGGGACCUCACAGUCCAGCAGGAAACAGGUAGAGAGGCCACGACUUGUCUCCUCACCGUGGGCCUGAGUGUGACUCAGGACCUCUCCGCGGAGGGCGCCCCAGCAGUGUCUCUCAAAACCAGGCCAGAGAGAGCCCUCGCCCGCCUGGAGCCGGCGCUCCUGGGACCCCGUGCCGAGGGGCUCCACCACGGCUCUUUACUGCCCCAACAGUGUCCUUUCAAACAGACAGCAAAGUUUCAACGGUUGCACAGUGAGUUCUCGAGGAGUGUAUCCCUCACGGUUUCUGUACUUGCUGUCACACAGCUGUCCAUCCGCCCUCCAUCCAUACAUCUUACUCUUGACGCGUUUCACAGCAAAUCAUUGCAGCACAUUUUGAGAGGAAAAAAAAACAAUCUAAAUGUCCGUCAGUGGGGGCGGCUGGUGAGCUUAUGGGGACCAGGCAAUGCUGUGCGCCGCUUGAAAGAACGAGGGAUAUGCCAAAGAGGGAGCAGUGAGCGAGUGAAGUCAGAACACGCACUAUGUAGGCACACGUUCCAAAUACAUCUCCCACCCGUGCACAGGGGUGUUGGCACUUCCCAGGCCAGCCCUCGGCUCAGGGUUGGAAUUCUCAGAUAAAUGUCCCAGCCUCCUGUUCUUCGUCCUCUGGAGGCCGAUCCUGGGCAGGACCAGCCCAGACGCCCAGUGGGAACCCCACCUCGCCCUCCCUCUCAUCCUCUCCUGGGGUCACCUCCUGGGGUCCCCUCCAAGUUAUCCCCCUGCAUCGAAGUCCCUGUCUCCAGCUCUGCUUCUGGGGGACCCCAAACUAAGACACGUCUCUUUUAUAUAAAAUCGAGUGACAGGUGUGGAAAUCCCCUCGGGGAGGGAGCACAGGAAUCGGGGACAAUGACGGCCUCGGGGUUGACCAGGGAGGAGAUUCACUUCUCACUCUGCCUCCUGUUCCUUCUGCCCCUUUUGAA